GAGUCCACCUGCUGACCACCUGGAAACCGAAACCUAACCACGCUCGGGGGGCUCAGCCCAAAAACACCGAUUGCACGGGAGGGUUGAUACGUAUCAAACCAAACGCGCCGGGGGCUAACAUGGCGCGACCAUUGAGACGCGGGACCAGCACUGGCAGGUAAGGCUUGAGGUAAUUGCGCAGGGGGCAUGACCUGCCAGGACAGCCAGGACAGUCCAGGACCUGCACCUGCACAGCCUGUGCAGCACAGGCUCAUUCUCAUGGGCUAUGUUCCCGUCAUGCCUGCCCUUGCGAUGGCGCACAAUUGGAAAUGCGGAAGGGGCAAGAAGGGGUUUGCCCAUACCCUACUUCUGCUUAGUGCCUCCCCUGAGUGCCUCCACAGCCCGAGGCCGGAUGACGUCCGGAACACCAGCUUCCUCCCGCUCUUCAACAUCGUCGCUAUUUUCUGACUUUGGUAUUAUAAUAGGCUUCGUCGGAUUUGAUUGAGGCAUUUACUUGGGCGCAGAUUUGGGCGGUCUUCAGCAAUUUGGGUUAUCGCGGUUUAUGAUAAGGAGUUAAGCGAACGUCCGCAGUGCUAAAUACUGUAAAUAUAGUCUGUGUCUACCGGUCUACGAUAUGUAGCACGGGAUCAAUGGCCUAGUUUUGUUUUAGAAACCGGUUGCAUGCUCUUUCGCGACAUCGUUCUUUCAAUUGACAACUUUUCGGAAUACUACGCAUCACGAUAUUCAAGCGACGGACUUUGACCAAGUACGCUCGACUAGGUCUUCCGACAUGGCCUCGCCCAAAAGCGCUGCACCGGAGCCUCCGCGCGUGUCGCCCACGCCGCUUCCAAAGCCCGCUGAAGUGGUGCAGUAUGACUUCAGGCCACCGGCCAGCGAGCGACCGGCACAUCCGACGGAAAAGCCCAUCAAACUUGUGCAGUGGAACAUCGAGCGCGGCUACAAGCUGCAGGCAGUAAUUGACGAGCUGCGCGCGCUGGACGGCGACGUCAUAGCGCUGCAGGAGAUUGACAUCCACUGCGAGCGCAGCGGCUGGGCUGACACGGGGCGGGAGAUCGCGCAGGCGCUGGGGCUGGCGUACGCCUUCGUGUGCGAGUUUGAGGAGAUCUGGAGCCCGCUGCGCAAGGCGGACGCGCAGGGCGGCGGCGUACACGGCAACGCCAUCCUGUCCAAAUUCGACAUUGUCAAUGCUCGCGCCGUGGAGCACACCACGCACCCCAUCAACUGGGAGCUGCCGCCGGCGCAGCAGCCUCACAAGCUAGCUGCGCAGGAGCCGCGCACCGGCCGCCGCCUGACCGCAGCCGCCACCGUGAUGACGCCGGCCGGGCCGCUGCUGGUGUACAGCGCACACCUGGAGUGCUUCUGCGGCGCCCUGGCGCGCAUGGCCCAGCUGUCCGACCUCUUCCGCGACACGCGGCAGCAGCAGGCGGAGCUGGCGGCGGCGUGGCGGCAGCGGGAAGGAGCGGGCGGCAAGGAGGAGGGGGAGGAGGGGGAGGAGGGGGAGGAGGGGGCGGAGGGGGGUGCCGGGGGCGGGCCGCGGCCGCCGGUGCUGGCGGCGGCUCUCAUGGGCGACCUGAACACGCUGGCCAACGGCGUGGCGCGGCUCAGCCCCAACUACUGCACCGACCACCUGCGCUGGAGCAGCCUGGGCUGGUUCGAGGCGGAGCUGCUGGACAGGCUGGUGCUGCCCGUGCGGGACACGGAGGGGGAGGGAGGCACCAGCCCUGCCGCCAACGCCUGGGCUGCGCGCCAGGGGCUGCCGGCGGCCGUGUGUCGGGACCUGGUCAACCCGGGGUAUGCAGACCCCUUCAACGCCCGGUCCGACAUCACGUUCGACCACUGGAAGUACCGCUACCUGGGGCUGCGGCUCAUGACGGGCAAGCUGGACUGGGUGCUGCUGCGUGGCGUGAAGGAGGUGGUGUCCAAGGCCAUGGGCAACUCCGACUACUCCGCCUCCGACCACAAGUGGCUGGAGGUGUGCGUGCGGCUGUAGCAGAGGCGUGUGCCUGGCUGCAGGUGUGUGUGCGGCUGUAGCAGAGGCGUGGAAAUGUGGCUGGCGGUGUAGCCAUGUAGCCAUAGGGUGGUGCGCGUGCGUUACAACACGGGACUCGAUGUUUCUCGUAGCAAUGCGCGGCAAUGGUUGCGGUGUGUUCACGCCUGGUAGUUACCGUAUGUACUUUGGCUGGACUGACUUGCAUCUAGCAGGGGUGCGGAGCGGUAGACUGGGGGCUUGACGGGUAGUUCGUUCGUUCCAGGCCCAAGCAAUAGAGGCGGAUCUCGAGGAGGGAUGGCCAGCUCCACCAGCUGACGCCCAAGUUCUCGACCGACCGCGCUGGUGGGGGUGGCGCCAGGUGGCACAGGAGGCGGGCGUGGAGACCCGCCAUGUCAGGGUGGCAGUGUUGUCGAGGAUGCUUGUAAGACUACGUACCG